AUGAGUGACGAGCCAGCCGCGAAGCGUUCGAGAAUUGGUGAUGAACCAGCUGCGGAGCGUGCGAAAAAUGCGGACGAAUUUCCCAAUCUCCGCUCGGAUGUUGUUGGCGCUGUAAAAGAAAAGUUGAUCGAGCUAGACGCCGUGCAACACCAGUUGGACGUGAUGAGCGAGAAGGCGGCUGAAGAGGUUCUGAGAGUCGAGAAGGCUUUCAAUAAGAAGCGAAUGCCGAUUUAUGAGAAGCGAAAGAAUUUGACGACGAAGAUCGACAACUUCUGGCAGACUGCUUUUCUCAAUCAUCACUUGCUCUCGACCGCGAUUCCAGAAGAGCAAGAAGAUCUGCUGGGUGCUCUGAGAGAUCUCGAAGUGCAAGAGUUCGAAGAUCUCCGCAGUGGAUUCCGAAUCGUCAUGACAUUCGACCAAAACGAGUAUUUUGAGAAUACCGUCAUCACCAAGUCGUAUCAUUUGCAAUCGGAGACGCCAAGCACACAAAUCACUGAAAUCAAAUGGAGGGAGAAUAAGCAGCCACCGCCGAAGCCAGAAGACGAUUCAGCCAUCACGUUUCUCGAAUGGCUCAACUACGCUGCACCACCAGACAGUGACGAGAUUGCCGAAGUUAUCAAGGAUGACUUGUUCGUCAAUCCACUCCAAUAUUACAUGAUGCCCGAUAUGCAAGAGGUGGAUGUGGAUGAAAUUGAGAGUUUUUUGAAUGAGGAUAGGGGCGUGGAUGAGAAUGGCCAACCGAUACUUGGCUUCCCGAGACCAGUCGAUCUGUCUACUAUCAUGGCAACAGAUGAUUCGGAUGAAUUGGGAGAGGAAGCAGUCGAAGAGAUGGAUGAUGAGGAGAAAGUAGAGGAUGAAGAAGUGGAAGGUGAUGACGACGAAGAAGAAGGCGAGAUUGAAGGUGAAAGUGUUGAUGACGAGGAGGAUGAUGGAGAGGAAGGAGCUCUCGAAGAGGAUGAAGAUGAAGAGGAGGCGGAGGGAGAAGGAGAAGGGAAAGCUGAAGGUGAAGGAGAAGGGGAAGCUGACGAUGAAGUUGAAGUUGAAGGUGACGGUGAAGGGGAAGGCGAAGAAGGUGAAGGAGGCGAUGAAGAGAACGACGCGGAGAAGGUUGCAGAAUCGCGCGGGCCGAGCGAAGAACUAUAA